GAUGUUGAGACCGGUGCUGCACACAUGCACACAUUCUCACUUUCUUCUAUUACGUUGGAGGGACAUAGACAGAUUUUCAUUCUGAUUACUUCACAUCGUAUGGCGAGAUAGGGAACCUAAAGAAGAGGUACAUGAAGGUCUUCCUCUGUAUUGACAAGCAACAUCAAAAGCUCCACAAAAGGAAGGUCAAGAGUAGUUGACCUUUGACCAUCACAGGUGGAUGUGCACUUCAUGAGCUUAGGAUCACAAAGGCAUUCUGGGAAUGGAUGUCAAGGGCAAGGUGCCAAGACGAUGGGAGGAUAUAGCUGCCAAAAAGAAGUCUGGCACAUCCCUCAACUUAGUGCAAGGGGUUUCUCGACACCUGCGUGACGAGCAGGAAGCUGUGCAGAAGCGAACAUUCACAAAAUGGAUCAACUCUCAUCUAGCAAAGCGUAAUCCUCCUUUAAUGGUCUCUGAUCUCUUUGAAGAUGUGAAAGAUGGAGUGAUGUUGUUAGCUCUUCUUGAAGUCCUGUCUGGUCACAAACUGCCAUGCGAACAGGGCCGCAAGCUGAGGAGGAUCCACUGGGUUGCUAACGUGGGAAGAGCACUGAAGUUUCUGGAGGGCAGGAGGUCGGCCUACAGAGGAUCUCCGAUUAAAUUAGUUAACAUCAACACAACAGAUGUGAUAGACGGCAGACCCUCGAUUGUGCUUGGGUUGAUUUGGACCAUCAUCUUAUAUUUCCAGAUAGAGGAGCUCACCAGCCAUCUACCAGCCCUACAACCUCAAUCUAGCAGCAAUUCAUCAGUGGAAAGCUCCAACAGCACUGAGACCAGCAGCCCACCUGUCAAACGCAAGCCCCGCCUUUCUUUUCAGGGCGGGGCCAAGAGAGCCCUUCUCAAAUGGGUGCAGACCACAGCAACAAAGAGAUUGGGUCUGGAUGUGAAGGACUUUGGUCCCAGCUGGCGCACAGGGGUGGCUUUUCAUGCUGUCAUCUUUGCUUUGCGACCCCAUCUGGUUAACAUGGAACGUGUUUGGAGGAGACCCAACAGGGAUAACCUAGAAGAGGCCUUCUCUUUGGCUGAGAGAGAACUGGGCAUCCCACGAUUACUUGAUCCUGAAGAUGUGGAUGUGGACAAGCCAGAUGAGAAGUCCAUCAUGACAUAUGUGGCACAGUUUCUGAAGCAUCAACCAGAUCGCCAAGAGACAGAGAUAGGGCGGCAACAAGAGGAGUUUUAUCUUGCUCCUCGAGCCAUUGAAGAAAUGUUAGAGAGGGAGCAGCGUAAGACACUGAGGGAGCUGAAAGCAUGGGCAGAUCAGUUGGAGAGAGACUGUGCUCAAGCCCAGAGGGAUGGAGGAAGUCUCGCUGUGCAGUACCAGACAUUCAAGCGUUAUCGUGUACAGUUUGAGGUGCAGAGAAGACAAUUGGAAACAUGCAUUCAGUCCACUCAGAAGGACGACAAGCUGACUGCAGAUCAGGCUCUGGUCAAACAGGCCUGGGAGAGACUGUCUGCAUGGUUUUUGGAUUGGCAUCUACAGCUGGAUAGUGGUUUGCCUCAUCCUUUGGGUGAAGUUGGAGUGUGGUUACAUCAAGCAGAGAAGAUCCUACAAGAGGAACUGGUCCCUCAGCAAGCCCAUGACGAGACCGCCAAAGCCAUUCACAAAAAGCGACUACACGACCAGGAGAUCUUAAGGCUUCUUGAAAGACACAAGCAGACCUUGCAGUUAAUACACAGAGACAGAUGUGUUAAUAAUGUCCCCAUUCCCAUGGAACAACUGCAAGACAUGGCAGAGAGAUUAAACUACAUAUCUACCUCCUCCCAUGUUCACUUGAGCAAACUGGAAUUCUGGGAGACAAAAUACUCUAUGCUGGCAUUUUUGACACUAGCUGAGUCCAAGCUCAAAUCCUGGAUAAUUAAAUAUGGCCAACUGGAAUCAAUGGAGCUUUUGCUACAAAGCUAUGGUUCUUUUGUGGAGGGGCAGCAGUUCUUUGAGAAGUAUGAAUCCAGCCACCAGGCUCUUAUAAACGCUGCUGAGCUCUACAUUAAAGCAGACAGCUCAGUUGAGGGAGGGGUAAAGCUCUUCCUGCGAGAGGUGUCUGAUCAGUGGAGGAGUCUGUCGGUGGAGGUGCGAAGCGUAAGGUCUAUGCUGGAGGAGGUGCAGUGUAACUGGCUGAGGUACAACAGUUGCGUGGCCUCAUUGCAAGCCUGGCUGGAGGACGCUCAGGGGGCUCUUAAACAACCUGAGAACACCAAACGGGAGUUUUUUCGUAAUCUUCCACACUGGAUGGACCAGCACGCUGCUAUGAAUGAUGCAGGGAACUUUCUGAUUGAGACCUGUGAUGAAACAGUGACACGUGACAUAAAGCAUCAGCUCCUGCUUCUCAAUGGAAGAUGGAGGGAGCUAUUUCUGAAGGUCAAACAGUAUGCUUGUCUUCCUGAGACUCAUAAUGUGAGGAUGCACCAGGAUGUCAGCUUAGACAUACAAGAGUUUCUGGACACUUCCAUUACCAAACUUUCCUCGCCGCUUCAAGUGUCAUUGUUGGAUGUCAAAGCCUUUAUGCAGGAUGCUGAGGACAUCAAGCACAGGCUGCCUGGUGUGGAAGCACAAUAUAAGGCAGCUGCUCGCUCUGCACAGCUUCUGGCCAAAGACUCUGUUCAUGGUAGCGGAACUAAAGCACUUUCUUCUAUAACAACCGCAGAAGCACAGCUCCAUCAGCUGAAAGAAAAGUGUCCUUUAAUUCUGAGGGAGUGCCAGGCUCUAUUUCCUCUGUUAGAGGAGUUAGAGAAACAAAUCUCAGCUUUCUACCAGACAGCGGAGCAUGCUGGACACAUCAUCACACAGCAACACAACCAGGAAAUGUGCCAGGAGCUACAAACUCAGCAGCAGACCUGUAAGCGUUGUGUUUGCGCUAUGGAGCGCAGUUACCUGUCCCUACAGAGGGCACUGUGCUGUGCGAAAUCUCUGCACAAUUUUGACAUGUCGUUCCUGCAGAACAGAGUAACCGAGAUUCAGACAACUGCACAGGCUCUAAUGCAGGAGGCUUUAGAAUGGAGGCAGGUGGCAGAGACUAAUGGCAACCUCAUGCGGAGAUAUGAAGAGUCUCGUGCUGACCUGGAGAAAGCGCUGCGUGUGGGCCAGGCCUGUUUAAAGGAAAGGGGAGAACCAGAUGAGCUGUUCCUCAAACAUAAUGAGUUCUUUGGGCGACUGGACCAGCACAUUUUAAGUGCUUAUUUAAAGGCGUGUGAUGACCUCACUGAUAUCAUCUCUGAGGAAGACCAACAGAGUCUGCAGGAGACAGUCAGACGACUGCACAAGCAAUGGAAGGACAUUCAAGCCGAGGCCCCAUCCCAUCUGCUCAGACUCCGGGUGGAAACAGAGAGGCGUUUGGUGAUGGCCAUGCUACAGGAGUGUCGGGUAGAGCUGAAAAGGGAGGACAAGGCCCUGCUCACAGCCGGCAGUGAAAGAAUGAUCAAAGAGCACAGGGCCUUUUUCAGACAGAAAACCCCUCUUUCUGCUUGUGAGAAGCGACUAAAGACAAUGGAGCAUAUCUGUCAGGAUCUUCCAGAGAAUGACAUGGGCCAUCAAAUGCUGGAGGAGACCAGAGAUCAUCUUUCGGAGGUCAGGGGUUUAGUAGAACGAACACACUUGAGACUACAACAGCACCCGGAUAAAUGGAGAGAGUGGCAUGCCAGGUUCAGUGAGCUAUCUGGAUGGCUUCUUUCCCAGCAGACGUCUCAGAGUGAUGCUGAAAUCUCCUCUGUCCAGAUGCAGCGUUGGGCGGUAAAGGCUCAGGGCGAGACUCUGGACUGGCUCAAAGCUCGUCUCGCUGUCCUGGAGGACAUAAGUCCUGAGAGUGAGGUUCACACACAGAGAGCUGCUCUUGAUAAACUCUCACAACAGUUUUCUGCACUGCUGCUGUCUCUGUCUGAGGAUGUUCCUGUUGCAGUGGCCAAUGAAGGGACCAUAAAGGCUGGAGAGGAGGUGAAGGAGGAGGUAAAUGAUGAGGAGGUGAUCCAGACACAGGAACACAGAAGAAUACUGAACGCAGAGAAUGUAACAGAGGCCAAACAGCUGCUCCUCAUUCACCAGCAAAAUAUGAAAACCCAGCAAAAAAAAGAGCCAGAUCUCCGUGCUCCAGUUUCAGUGAGCUAUCUGGAUGGCUUCUUUCCCAGCAGACGUCUCAGAAUGCAGCGUUGGGCGGUAAAGGCUCAGGGCGAGACUCUGGACUGGCUCAAAGCUCGUCUCGCUGUCCUGGAGGACAUAAGUCCUGAGAGUGAGGUUCACACACAGAGAGCUGCUCUUGAUAAACUCUCACAACAGUUUUCUGCACUGCUGCUGUCUCUGUCUGAGGAUGUUCCUGUUGCAGUGGCCAAUGAAGGGACCAUAAAGGCUGGAGAGGAGGUGAAGGAGGAGGUAAAUGAUGAGGAGGUGAUCCAGACACAGGAACACAGAAGAAUACUGAACGCAGAGAAUGUAACAGAGGCCAAACAGCUGCUCCUCAUUCACCAGCAAAAUAUGAAAACCCAGCAAAAAAAAGAGCCAGAUCUCCGUUCUCAAGGUAAUUUCUGUAAAGACGACUGGGCAGCUCAGGAGAAACACCUGCAGGUCACUGUGAGUGCAUGGCAGGAGUUUGAGGUGGAGAGAGAGGCCAUCUGGCAGUUUGUGUGUCUUGUCAGUCCUGUCCUGCAGAGGGAGCUCAUCUUCAGCAGCCUGGACAACCUCAAGAUUGAAAUGAAAAAUGUUAAAGAGCUUCAUGAGCAGGGUAACAUGUUUGCUGUAAGAGCUGAGUCCCUGGUGAAGAAGGCAGCAGAUAUUAAACUUGGUUCUCAGAAUCAGUCUUUACUACAGGAUCAGGCCCAGUCCAUAAAAGAGAGGCUGCAGGAGAUACAGGCCAGCCUUAGGAAAAUCUUGUCAGAUCGGGAGAUGAUGCACAGAUGGUGGCAAGGUUUCAGCCGUGAGUCUGAGGCUUUCUUCUCUUGGGUCUGUGAUAGUAAGAAGGAGCUUGAAGCUUUCACCAGAACCUCUGCCGACCUGGAUGAGCAGAUACACACUUUGGAGAUGCUGAAGGAGGGCUUAGAGGAGAAGAUGGACAUCUUUAGCCGAUUGGAGGCAGAGUUUCAUACCUUAAUUCAUUUCGUCACACCGAAUGAGGCAGGGCGAAUUAAAGCACGUCUGAUGCAGAUUGGAAGAUACCGGGAGGAGUUUAAGAACAGUGUGGAGCAAAGAGAAGCAGAGCUUCACUCUAGCUUGAAAAAUACAAAACAUUUUAUCCAAGAUCUCAAUGAGGUGGAAGGUUUCCUGAAUGGACUACAGGAAAAACUGAACGUACCAGUUACCUCAUGUACAUCAGCAUCAAUGACAUAUAAAACUCUCCAUGAACAUAUGGAUGUAGUGCAGCGUCUACAGCAGCUGGGGCCCAGGCUGAUGUCUCUGAGUCUUGGCUGGAGGAGGCUGUCUGAUGGCGGACGGUUGGAGAAAGAUGUGGCUGACCUUCAGCAAGCUCACAAAUUACAUACCCAGCAAGCCACUGAAAAACAAUCCAAACUGGAAAACCUGUUGACUCUGUGGCAAAGAUAUGAGAGAGAUCUCACACUUUUGCAGUCCUGGUUGAACAGGUCCGAAUCUCUAUGCAGUUCAGAUUCUCCAUACCUGACCACAGACAAUGUGAAGCUACACAGCCAGCUUCAGAUGCUGCAGGACAUGCAGUCAGAAGUUCCCUCUCAGGAGGCUUUGUUGGAAAGUUUGGAGACCCGUGCAGAGUCUCUGUACUCUUUGACCUCAGAGGAAAGGACCUCAGAGCUUAGAGAUCUUCACUGUAACCUGGAGGAGAGGUGGUGUUCUCUCAGUACCAAUAUACCACUCAGGAUUCAAGAACUUCAGUCCCAUCUUUCUAAGUUGGAGCAGUUCAGUCAGAUCUCGCUUGCUCUGACUCAGUGGAGUGAGAACUUCCUCAGGCACAUCCAAAGCACUUGCAAAGUCAGCAUCACUGAUCUACAGUCUGCUGAUUCCAAAACCAAGGAGGACAAGGUGUCCCUUCAGACCCAGGGAAGGUCACUGGAAGCCUUACAGCCACAUCUAGAUGCCCUCAGCCCAUCUUUAGCCCCAAAAGACCUGCAGCAUCUCCAGACCAGGAAGGAAGACUGCCUUCAACUCUUCAGUGAAGCUCAGAGUUUAGUAGAGCAUCGGGAUGAAGCUCUACUCAAACUAAAAGACUUCUGUGAGACCUACAAUAAAGCCAGAAUCUCUCUACAGACAUUCCAAGAUGCUGUUGACGCAAGAGGGAGCUGGGAUGACUCCAAAGUCAGGGACAUAAAUCAGGAACUUGGGGACCUCGCCAAGGAGUUAGCUUGUCUGGAGGUGCAGGCCAUUAGCCUGGAUAUCAUCCUGAACAAAGCACAUUUUCAUUUACAGGGGGCAGAGGAGGAAAGAACAUCCUGCAGAAGGCUGGUGGAUGAUGUUGCGUUGAGCGUGCAGGUGCUUCAGAGAAGCAUUGGGACAAAGCAGAGUGAGGCAGAGGCACUAGCAACCAUGUGGAGUUCCUUUAGGGGACGGAAGGAGCUGCUGCUUGGGAGUCUGGCAAAGCUGGAGGACAGAGCCAAUAUACCAUGGCCUACGGAAGCCAGCACACAUGCCUUUCAACAGAGGUUGUGGUUGCUGAAGCAGUUAGAAGAGGAGCUCCAAGCCCUGCAGCACAGUCAGCUGUGGUUGGGAGAAAGAGGAGAACAACUGGCCCACAGAGACUCUGAGCUGGCAGGGGAAGCCCAGCGGGACGUAGCCUUGGUUCAGUACACCUGGGAGAGGAUUAGGGCAAUUAUUGUGGAGGACCAUGACCUUUGUGCAAACCUGCUGGAGCUCUGUAGGGAAUAUCAGACCCUGAGAACCAGGAUCAGCUCGGUCGUAGAGAGAGCUCAUGCCAUCACAGUGGCCCACUCAGACCCACACAACCCAGAGGAUAUCCGCAGAGCUCUGUCUCGGCUGGAAGCGGUGAGGCCAGAGUUGGCGGCCACUACGGAGGACCUGAAUAAGCUCAUUGGUUCAGGCAAACACCUGACUGGCGUAUUGAAGAAGCUUCCAGAGGAAAGCGUUCAGAGUGAAAAUGUCACAACGGAGAUAGAUGCCAUUGUUGAUCAGUGGCUGGAUAUCUCUGAGAGGAUGGAUGCAGACAUCAGUCUUUACACUCGCUCUCUUGGGCUGUGGAAUGACAUUAAUAAAAUGGCCAAUGACAUUGAGUGUUGGAGUGCCAUCUCUGUCAGUGAGCUCAGUGAGGGAGCUGCCAGUCUUCUCUCUGCUCAUGACAUGGAAGAACACCUCUCUGAGUUCAAGCUGGAGUUAGAUAAUAAGGAAGAUGAACUGAAGACCUUGCAGGCAAAGAUGACACAGCUACAGGAACUGAUGAAAACCCAGCACGUACACACUGAACUGCAGGUGAUGGCUGCAGAUCUGAGGAAGCAGAUUUCCCAUGCUGCAGAGGUGUAUGAACAGACCAAAGUCAUGUAUAAAGACUUCAACUCCCAGAGGCAGCAGCUUCAAGACCUAAUUUCCCAGAUUUCAGAGCAACUGAAGACCUCAGAGGACUCGCUAUCAGAGUUUUCCUCAUCCUCUGACCCAGAGAAUUUAGUUAAGAUCAAGGAGGUUGAGAGGUCACAGAAGCAGUUAGAGGUGAGUCUGGAUGUAGCAAGUGAGUCUCUCAGAGCCCUGUGUAGAACGCAUCCAACUCAGCACCUGACCCUGUUGGGUGACGCUGUCUCCCACCUGGUCAAGAGGAAUGAGGAAGUGACACAACGCCGCAGCCAGAUCUUGGGGUCUCUUCAGGAUGCUCUUCUGCAGCGCUUCAAUGAGAAAGCACAUGCUUUUCACUGUUGGCUGUCUGAGUUGAGGGCUGGGAUUGAGGACUGCUUUGAGCAAACAGGAGAUGCUGUUGCUAUUUCAGCCAAGCAACAAAAGCUCAAGACUGCAGUAGAGGAAGUCAUGGAGGGUGAGGAGCGCUUGGCCCGUGUUUGUGAGGAUGGAGAGAGACUCCUCUUGCACCUCAGCAAAUGUGGGACUGGAAGCAUACAGGAGCAACUGGACUCUUGUCAAUAUGCCUUGGAUUCAUUUAUUAUGGAAUGCCGACAGCGCAUACGGGCCCUGGAAGAAAGUGCCAACCUAUUAAAUGGGUAUGAAACGCGUGUGGUGGAGCUGAGCGACUGGCUGCAACAGCUGGAGGUGAGGCUGAAGACAGAUGCUCCACUGUGGGGUGAGAGUCAGUCUGCAGCCCCCGACUGCUCAGAAGAGCUGAGAAGAGUGGAGGAAAUCCACAGAGAGCUGCUGAUGAGGAGGGCAUCUCUUGAGCGUCUGUGUCAGUCCUCUCUCACCAUAACAGAGAGAGGAUCUAGAUCAGAGAAUGGUGUGGCAGCAGAGUUGCUCUCAAACCACGAAGUUUUGCUGCAGGAGGCCAGGAGUCGACUCCGCAGCCUGCAGGAGUACCAGGCAUUUGAAGAAGCACUAAAGGCGCUGGAAACCUGGCUGAAGGAUGUUGAGAGGAAGUUAGAGAAACUGGAGAACACGGAGGGGAAUAAAAAGGAGGUGGAAGAGAAACUUGAGCGAGCACAGGAUAUCCUGCUUAUGAAGGGAGAGGGCGAGGUAAAGCUCAACAUGGCGGCUGGGAAGUCAGAGCUGGUCAUCAAGAGCAGUGGAGAAGUGGAACGAGGAGUGAUUUGCUCUAAGCUUCAGGAAGUUGAAGACGCAUGGGCGGCACUGCUUUUGAGAGCUAUGAGCUGCCACAGCCGAUUGGAAUGGACCGUUAAUCAGUGGGAUUUGUUCGUGGAGUCUCGUGCACAGCUGCAGAGGUGGCUGGAGGGAGUAGGGCUGGAGGUUAAAGGUCCUCUUGAGCCCCAGCUUGGACUCAGGGAGAAACGAAAGCAGUUGGAGAGACUGCGCUUGCUGUCAUCAGAUGUGGAGGACCACCAGGGAGCUCUGUGCUAUCUGGAGGAGAGUGCGGCUGAACUUUACAAACGCACCGGUGACCCUGUCUUUAAGGAGGAAGAAAUGGUUCUCCUCAGGGCACAGUUUGAGGAUGUCAAAGCUGCAGCAGAGGAGAGAGUCAGGUUGUCAGAGGACGUUGUUCUCGAACAUAAGACGUACAUGGAAACAAUCAGGGAGCUCACUGAUUGGCUGAUGGUGGUAGGGGAGGAGCUUCAGCAAUGCUCUGAACCAUCCGGUGACUCUCCAACCUUAAGUCGGAAGUUGACUGAAGUUCGGGAGCUGCUGGAGCGCGGCGCGUACGAGGGGCGCGAGCGGCUGCGGCGCGUGCGGCUGAGCGCGGAGAGAUCCGGAAGGCACACGGCGGCGGCGGGCUGCGAACUGAUGGAUGGAGAAGUGGCGGCGCUGGCGCGAGCGCUGCACCAGUGGGAGGGAGCUUCGCUACGCGCUCGCGACGCCCUCGAGACCGCCGUGGCCGCGGCGACAGGGGCUGAGCGGGAGCAGACACGGCUGACAGCGCAGUUGGAGGGAGAAAUGGAGAAGCUGGAGGGCCAGCUGAAGGAGUGGAGCGAGGGACUGAGCAGCGCCGAGCGGAGGAAUAGCGGAGCUGCGGCGGUGGAGGGAUGGACGGUCGCCAAGGGUGUUCUGGAGGGGCUUCAGACAGCUGAAGUUAUGGAGGAGAAGCUGAAGGCGCAGCUCAAUGAGCUGUGUGGGUUUUCCAGUGAUCUGGGUCCGCAGUCGGACAGAGUCAGCGCUCUCAUCAAGCUACACAACAGCCUAAGCCUACGAGCCUCCCGGGAAUGUCAGAAUAAGGAGAAGCUGCUGGAACAACGCUUCCGUUCUUCUCUGCAUGACUUCCGGCAGUGGAUGGUCAAUGCCAACAUCUCUACUGCCAAAUGCUUUGACUCCCCUCAUAGCAUCCAGGAUGCCUCCAUCGCUCUCCAGCAGAUCCAGGAGUUCAAAAGUGACAAGGAGCAGGGCCAGACCAGACUGAACGCUGUCCUGACCUAUGGAGAGCAGCUUAGUAGCGUGGUGCCUGCCGACAGAGUGGAGGCGACCAGGACCAAAGCAAAUGCAGCCAAAGAUGACUGGAAGAGCCUGAUGGACAGCUUACAGAGAAGAGAGACGGCCUUACAGGUCUUGCAGUCUCAGAUGCAGGACUUUGAGGCAAGUGUGGAACCCCUUCAAGACUGGCUGAACAGGACUGAGAUCAGUGUGCAGGAGAGCAGCGCUCGCCUCCAUGACCUGCCUGCCAAAAGACUAGAGCACUCCAAACUUCAGACGCUGCUGGAGGAGGUGCGCUCCAGAGAGUCUGAACUGGCAGAGCUGAGAGGGCAAGCACAUGGCCUCUGGGAGGGUCAGGGUGCGGGGAAGAGCUUUGUGCAUCGGGUCUGCCAGCUAGCUGCAUGCUACUUGGCCUUGAGCAACCUGAUUAAGGAGAAAGUGUCAAGGGUAGAACGAGUUGUGGGGGAGCAUCAGCUUUUUUCACAGGGCCUUCAGGAACUUCAGAACUGGGUUUCAGAGUCCCAACAGGCCCUCAAGACCUGCAGAUGCCCCACAUCUGACAAGAGUGUGCUUAUCACCAGAAUGGGCCAGCUCGAGACUUUACUGGCCGCUUGUCAGGGGAGAGAAAUCCAACUGAAGAUGCUCAUCACCAGAGGGGAGUCUGUCCAGAGGAACACCUCGGCUGAGGGUGUACCAGUGGUUCGCAAGCAGAUCCAGGACCUCAAAGACUCCUGGGAAUCACUCUUGUCAACAUCCAUACAGUGCAAAAGCCAGCUGGAAGGUGCCUUGUCACACUGGACCAGUUACCAGGAAGAUGUCAGUCAGUUUGAGUGCUGGAUGGAGCGAGUAGAAGAGAGCCUCGGAAACUCCGACAAACACUACGCAGAAAUGAGGGACAAGACAGCCAAUCUAGGCCGUGCCAAACUCCUCUAUGAGGAAGUUCUUAGCCACUCUAGCCCUUUAGAGACCAUUGCGACCAAGGGUUCCAACAUGACUGAACAUACAGCCACCCAACAGGAGAUCCAGAAACUCAGUGAGAGAUAUACAGCCAUUAAAGAUAAAGCCAAGGCUGCUGUCAGUAAGGCAGAAGAAUUGGUUCUGCUCCAUCAAGAGUACCAGCGUGGGCUGCACAUGUUUGAAGACUGGCUGGAGCAAGAGCAGAACAGUUUGGCCCUCCUCUCACCCCUGGAUGAAGAUGUAAAUGCUCUGGAGAACACGUUAAAAGAACUGCAGAUGCUCCAGUCUCAUUGCCCUAAGGGACAUAACUUGCUCAGCUCAGUUCUUGCCAGUCGAGAAAGAGUCAUUCCUUGGGGUGCCCCUCAAAUUGAGGAUCGGGCUCUGGAAACAGCACAGACGGAAUGGCAGGGGUACCAAGACCGACUCGGCGAGACCAAAGUCCAGGUAGAGCAGGACCUCGCAAGGGUUCAGCAACUAGAAUGUUUAUUCCAAAGCUUAGACCAGUGGCUGGUUGGCAUAGAGCUCAAAGUUAAGGUGAGAAGCCACCGUCGCUCUGAUGUCACUGCAAAGGAGGCCCAGCUUCGACACCUUAAGAGGUGGCAGAUUGAGGCUGCUCAACGUCAGGCCGAGGUGGAAGGCCUUAGUACUCUUGCACAGCAAGUCGUCGAGGAUGCUCAUGUCAGUGGUCGGAUCAGUACCAGGGUUACCCAGCUCACUGCCCGCUACCAUGCCUUGCUUCUACAGAUACAGGAUACACUCAAACAGCUCCAGGAAGAGAUGCAGAACAUCACAGAGGCUCAAAAUGCUCUCAGGACCUUUUCUGAUUGGUUGAGCACUGCGAGGAAGAAUUUCAAAAUCGUUACCGAAAGGACAGAGGCUCUCGAUCGCAUUACAAUGGAAAAGAAGAUGAAGAGGCUAGAGUCUCUACAGGGGGACAUGGAUCAAGGUCACAGCCUGCUUAAAACACUUCGAGAGAGUGCAGAGCAGGCCGUUUCCUUUUUGGAUGACCCUGGAGCAUCCAAGCUAGAAAGGGAAGUGCAAACAGGCCGAUCACAGCUCAAAGAGCUUAUUCUGGGGCUACGGGAAGAGCAUGCAACCCUGGAAAGAAGCAUUGUGCUCUAUAAAGAUUUCCAAGAGCGCUACAAAAGCCAAAUGCAGUGGCUUAGGGAGACUCGAGCCCUUCUCUGUUCCACUGUUGAACCCAAAGCAGAACUUUACCAGAGAAAAGCCCAGCUGAACAAGUACAAGGCUGUAGAGCAGACGUUGCUAUCUCGUGAUUCUGCUGUGAGCUUUGUGCUAGAGAAAGGAGAAACUCUGCUGACCCUCCUCCACUCCCCUUCCAUCACAGACAACAUGACCAGACUACAGGCGGACUACCAGGAGCUAUGUGGCUCAGCAAGGACCCACGUUCACAGAUUGGAAGCUCAGGUGAAGAAACAGGAAGCAUACCACAAAGAUCUACAGGAAAUUGAGCGUUGGCCAUCCGGUAAAUCCCGCCACCUGGCAGUCUGGUCAAUGAGUUCCUCAGUCUGCAUGUGCUCUGCCAACUCCUGCCGUCUGCCAAAAUAUGUCAGGGUCAUGCUGUUCCUGUUUUAUACAGUGUAUCAGAGUCUGGAUCGGGAACUGCAGAAGCAUGUAAGUCUGCGGGAUACGUUGCAACAGUGUCAGACAUGGCUUUCAAAUGUACAGGAGGAGAUACAGCUUCCUGCACAUGCACCACACUGCCUACAGGAGGCGAUAGCACAGAUGAAGCAGGAACGAACUCUGCAGGAACAGGCUAGUACCUAUUUGCAGCUGGUGUGCUCCACCUGUGAUCUUUCUGAUGAUAAAGUACGAGAGACAGCUGCUGAGAUACAGCAGGUCAAACUUCAGAUCGAGGAGAGAAUGCUGGAAUCUCAAGAACUAGCAGAUAACUGGAGAGAGAUCAAAGACUUGCGUUCCAACCUUGAGUGUCGUCUUCUUGAGGCUGAACAACUCCUCCAGAGCAUGUUAAGGAGGCCAGCUGAGCUUGAGCCAAAGGUUGCUCAGAACCAGCUGGACCAGGCUCAGGACUUUAUCCAGGAGAUGCGAGCCAGGCAGGUUGAUCUGACCCAGCUGAGAGAGAGCAUCAAUAGGCUAACGGCUGGUCAGGAGUCCCCUGAGCUUAUGGAAGUUGGGCGGCUGCGCUGUGCUUGGCUGGAUCUGGGCAGACAGGCUGCACAGCUGCUGGAACAGAAAGAGGAGGAUCUACAGAGGAGCGGGGACUAUCAUGACUGCAUUUGUAUGGUGGAGGAGUUGUUUGACCAGCUGUCCAAGAAAUGGGGUCAAUUGGCCAGGGGAGAUAUUGAGAGCACAGCUGAGUGUCUGGAUGCCUUAAAGAAGUUAUCCACAGACCUGCAAGACCAGAGAUGUGUGCUCGAUGACCUGAGAAAUAAUAGGCAUGGGAUCCUGCCUCGUCUGAGCUUAGAAGACAGAGACCUGGUUAAGGAGCAGGUGGGUUACCUGGAGCAACGUUGGACCCAGGUGGAAUCGCUUGUCCAGCAGAAAAUACAAGAUUCAGCGCAAACACUGGAAGAGCUCAGUCAAAUCGAGGACCAUUUGCGGGAGGCUCAGGAGUGGGCUGAGUUGCAGCAGCCAUCCCUGUCUGAGGUUCUCAAGACCAGCCCCCCUCCAGAUUUGGCCCAAAGCUUUCUGUUUGAUCACUUGAGCUUUUGUGCAGAAUUGGAGGCCAAACAGAAGCUUCUGGCAGAGGCCUUGACAGAUGCCAAUAGUCUUUCCUCUCGCCUAGGUCUUAAUGAAAGGAGGAAACUGCAGACUUUGGUCCAGGAAACACAGGCAGAAGUAGAAUUGCUUGGAACUAAGGCUGCUCAGUAUCGUAAAAGCCUCAGCAAAGUAUUUACAGAACGAACGCAGUUCCUACAAGCCCUCGACAGAGCAGCUGAAUGGAUCAGGAAGCAAGAGCAGAGGGCUCUUGCAGAUGAUCAUGUCGCGCUCCUACCAAAUGUACUGCACAAGCAGGUGUCAACUUGUAAGAAUUUUACCAGCAGCCUAAGAGCAUAUCAGGUGGAGCUCACUUCUCUUUGGGUACAAGGACGAGAAUUAGUGAAGGAUGCCACCGACGAGGAGAAGAAGGAGACCCUUCAGAAGCUGGAGGAGUUGCAAGUUACCUUCGAGGCUUCCUUGCAGAAGAGCACGGAGCAUCUGCAGCAUCUGGAGAAAGCGCUAGUCAUUCGAAAGUACUUUAAAGUGGACCUUGACAGGAUCUGCAAGUGGCUAAAACAAGCAGAGGUAGCUACAUUUCCAAUUAUUGACCUGAGCGGGAAUGAUGAGGAGCUUCAGAACCAGUUAACCGAAUACCAACAGCUUCUUGAUCAUGCUUCAGAGUAUGAAAACCUUUUGCUCAUCGUCCAAAGGGCAGGACAGGAGAUUCUUCCCACCUUAAAUGAGGUCGACCACUGCUACCUAGAUGAGAAACUUAAUGGCCUUCCACAACAAUAUAAUGACAUGCUGUUGUUGAUCAGAGAGAAACGCAACAGGAUCCAGCAAGUGCUUUUGGAGCGCAAGGAGUUUGAGUCCCUCAUCGAUGCCACACGAAAAGAUUUGAAGGAACUUCAGGAGAAGUGUGAUGGUUUAGAGAUGAAGCCAGCCAACCAAAGUGUAGAAGAGGGAGAAAGAUUGCACAGCAGUUAUGAAGAUCUCAUGAAAGCUCUUGCAAAUCUCUUUCAGGGAAUGAAAAAUCUUAGGGUUAAAACUCAGGAUUUCCUUAUCAUGGGUCAGCCAUAUGCUCCUGAAGUCAUUGACCAGCUAGUUCAUCUCCACAGCAGUCUUAACCAGCAGAUCGAGUGUAAGAUGAAAGAAUUAAGGAAAACAUUAAAAAUAUUAAAUGACCAUCGAGCAGUUAUUGAGAAAAUGGACUAUAGCAUUACUAGAUUCAAGAAACAGCUUGGCAAAUUUGAUUCCAAAGGAGAUGAGGCAGAUGCCAUGGAGAGAUUAUCUACUCUACACAACCUAUCAAAAUGUUUUGAAGAGGUUAGUUCCUAUCCAGAGGGUCUCAAAGCACAAAAUGAUGACCUCAACCAGCACUUUGACUUAAAGACCCUUAAGACUCAGGUUAUCUUCAGGGAGGAACAACUUCUUACUUUAAAGCGAAAGAUUAAUGCACACAUAGAAGAAUGUGAGAGAGGUUGUAGGGGAAAUAAGGAUUUUCAAACUGAUAUUAAAGUAUCAAUAGACUGGCUCAAGAGUCUUAGGGAUCGAUUAAGAUAUCCAUUAAUGUUUGAAGAAGCAAAAAUUGAAAUUGUGCAGGAGGAGGUCAGGUCACUGUCAGCACUUCAAAAACAAAUGAAAUCUAGGUUUAGAUUAUUAGAAUAUAUGACUAAUGAAGAAAAACAGAAGUACAUAAACGACCAAAAGCCAUUUCCAAAACUUUUUGAAACCACUUUAAUGGAUAUUCCAAAGCUGAAGCAUGAUCUUCAACAAGCUGUCAACACCAAACAGGUGGCCUUGCAGGCUAUUCUGUCUCUGCUCCAGAGAUACCACCAUUCUUUGCAAUCCGUCCAGCAGUGGUUUGAAGACGCUGGUGCUCUACUUGAGCAUGCUCCACAAGAGGUAGACCUGGAGAAAAUUUCAGACUGCCUCAAGGACUUAAAAAAUAUAACAAGCCAGGAACAAACUGUCAAGUGUACGAUGCAAGAAAUGCAAGGUCUAGUACCUCAAAUGGGUGACUUUUUCAGCCCUACUGUAAUGAUGCAAAUCCAGCAACAUUGUGAGGAUUCUUAUCGCAAGAGAACAGAAGUCUUUGAGCAGCUAAAACAACGUCAAGACAACUUGCAACGAAGCAUAAUUCAGUGGAGAUCCUUUCAAGAUGAAACAGAUGAAGUUAUCAGACAGAUGAAUGAAGCUGAGAAAAGGAUGAUGGAGUUCACAACUGCCAGAGCAAACUCUGAACAAGAAGCUGAAGACAAACUUUGUUUAUACCAGAAUAUUGAGUCACAAGUUCAGGGUCUUGAAGAUGCACUGAAUGGCCUGAAAGAAAAAGCAGCACAGUUUGAUCAGCCUGCCAUAAAAGAUGCUACUUCUCGGUCAGUCUGUUCACUGAGCCAUCAGUGGACUCGGUUGCUCAGCGUUGCUCGAGCUCAGGUGAAAGCCCUCCAGGACUCUGCACGUAACUGGAGAUGCACCAGGGAGAAGCUGGAGAAAAUGCGGGCUGUCUGUGAGGACCUGCACAGUCGUGUUCCUGACAACAUGGUGGAAAAAGCCUCUAGUAUGGCAGCCCUACAGAGCCUUCUGGAGUACCACGAUUCCUUCAGUCGAGAGGUGGAGAGAGAGAGCAGCGCCCUGACCCUCCUCAGACACCAUGUGCUCAACCUGUUCCUCCAUUCUCAUGCCUCUGCAUCCACCACAGACAGUAAACACAACCAUGACAAUCCAUGUCUGCUGGAAAUUCAGAGCAUUCAGGAGAAAUAUGACAAUCUGUUGCAGCAGGUGUGUGCUAGCAGACAGCAGGUGCAGGUGGAGCUGCGGGAGAGAGAUGAAGUGGUGAGGGAGUUGGGCCUGCUGAAAGGCUGGAUUCAGGACACCCAGGGGCUGCUGCUGAGCCCCACAGCAGACCUGGAUAACCUGCUUACUGACCUGGAGACGGCUCAUGGAGGCAUGCAGUCUCACCGCCACAACCUUGAGCAGAUUGCAGAUCGUCAGCAGAUGAAAUACCAGGACCUCAAUGCCACCCUUCCUUCAGAGAUCAGCACCCAGCUGGCAGAGGUUACACUGGCUGGGUUGGAGCUUACAUCUCUUUGGGUACAGGGACGAGGAUUAGUGAAGGAUGCAACUGACGAGGAGAAGAAGGAGACCCUUCAGAAGCUGGAGGAGUUGCAAGUUACCUUCGAGGCUUCCUUGCAGAAGAGCACGGAGCAUCUGCAGCAUCUGGAGAAAGCGCUAGUCAUUCGAAAGUACUUUAAAGUGGACCUUGACAGGAUCUGCGAGUGGCUAAAACAAGCAGAGGUAGCUACAUUUCCAAUUAUUGACUUGAGCGGGAAUGAUGAGGAGCUUCAGAACCAGCUGACUGAAUACCAACAGCUUCUUGAUCAUGCUUCAGAGUAUGAAAACCUUUUGCUCAUCGUCCAAAGGGCAGGACAGGAGAUUCUUCCCACCUUAAAUGAGGUCGACCACUGCUACCUAGAUGAGAAACUUAAUGGCCUUCCACAACAAUAUAAUGACAUGCUGUUGUUGAUCAGAGAGAAACGCAACAGGAUCCAGCAAGUGCUUUUGGAGCGCAAGGAGUUUGAGUCCCUCAUCGAUGCCACACGAAAAGAUUUGAAGGAACUUCAGGAGAAGUGUGAUGGUUUAGAGAUGAAGCCAGCCAACCAAAGUGUAGAAGAGGGAGAAAGAUUGCACAGCAGUUAUGAAGAUCUCAUGAAAGGUCUUGCAAAUCUCUUUCAGGGAAUGAAAGAUCUUAGGGGUAAAACUCAGGAUUAUCUUGUCAUGGGUCAGCCAUAUGCUCCUGAAGUCAUUGACCAGCUAGUUUAUCUCCACGACAGUCUUAACCAGCAGAUCGAGUGUAAGAUGAAAGAAUUAAGGAAAACAUUAAAAUUAUUAAAUGACCAUCAAACAGUUAUUGAGAAAAUGGACUAUAGCAUUACUAGAUUAAAGGGACAGCUUGGCAAACUAGACUCCAAAGGAGAUGAGGAGACAGAUGCCAUUGAGAGAUUAUCUACACUACACAACCUAUCAAGAUUUCUUGAAGAGGUUAGUUCCUAUCCAGAGGGUCUCAAAGCACAAAAUGAUGACCUCAGCCGGCACUUUGACUCAAAGACCCUUAAGACUCAGGUUAUCUUCAGGGAGGAACAACUUCUUACUUUAAAGCAAGAGAUUAAUACACACACAGAAGAAUGUGAGAGAGGUUUUAUGGGAAAUAAGGAUUUUCAAACUGAUAUUAAAGUAUCAAUAGACUGGCUCAAGAGUCUUUGGGAUCGAUUAAGAUGUCCAUUAAUGUUUGAAGAAGCAAAAAUUGAGAUUGUGCUCCUCCUUGUGCAGGAGGAGGUCAGGUCACUGUCAGCACUUCAAGAAGAAAUGAAAUCUAGGUUUAGAGUAUUAGAAUAUGUAACUAAUGAAGAGAAACAGAAGUACAUCAACGAUCAAAAGCCAUUUCCAAAAAUCUUUGAAACCACUUUAAUGGAAAUUCCAAAACUAAAGGGUGAUCUUCAACAAGCUGUCAACACCAAACAGGUGGCCUUGCAGUCUAUUCUGUCUCUGCUCCAAGGAUACCACCAUUCCUUGCAAACUGUCCAGCAGUGGUUUGAGGACACUGGUGCUCUACUUAAGCAGGCCCCACAAGAGGUAGACCUGGAGAAAAUUUCAGACUGCCUCAAGGACUUCGAAAAUAUAACAGGCCGGAAACAAUCUGUCAAGGGUACGAUGCAAAAAAUGCAAGACCUAGUUCCUCAAAUGGGUGACUUUUUGAGCCCUACUGUAAUGAAGCAAAUCCAGCAACAUUGUGAGGAGUCUUAUCAUAAGGGCACAGAGGUCUUUGAGCAGCUAAAACAACAUCAAGACAACUUGCAACGAAGCAUAACUCAGUGGAGAUCCUUCCAAGAUGAAACAGAUGAAGUUAUCAGGCAGAUGAAUGAAGUAGAGAAAAGGAUGACGGAGUUCACAACUGCCAGAGCAAACUCUGUACAAGAUGCUGAAGACAAGCACUGUUUAUACCAGAAUAUUAUGUCACAAGUUCAGGGUCUUGAAGAUGCACUGAAUGGACUAAAAGUUAAAGCAGCACAGUUUGUUCAGCCUGCCAUAAAAGACACUAUUUCUCAGUCAGUUUGUUCACUGAGCCAUCGGUGGACUCGGUUGUUCGGUGUUGCUCGAGCUCAGAUGAAAGCCCUCCAGGACUCUGCAUGUAACUGGAGAUGCACCAGGGAGAAGCUGGAGAAAAUGCGGGCUGUCUGUGAGGACCUGCACAGUCGUGUUCCUGACAACAUGGUGGAAAAAGCCUCUAGUAUGGCAGCCCUACAGAGCCUUCUGGAGUACCACGAUUCCUUCAGUCGAGAGGUGGAGAGAGAGAGCAGCGCCCUGACCCUCCUCAGACACCAUGUGCUCAACCUGUUCCUCCAUUCUCAUGCCUCUGCAUCCACCACAGACAGUAAACACAACCAUGACAAUCCAUGUCUGCUGGAAAUUCAGAGCAUUCAGGAGAAAUAUGACAAUCUGUUGCAGCAGGUGUGUGCUAGCAGGCAGCAGGUGCAGGUGGAGCUGCGGGAGAGAGAGGAAGUGGUGAGGGAGUUGGGCCUGCUGAAAGGCUGGAUUCAGGACACCCAGGGGCUGCUGCUGAGCCCCACAGCAGACCUGGAUAACCUGCUUACUGACCUGGAGACGGCUCAUGGAGGCAUGCAGUCUCACCGCCACAACCUUGAGCAGAUUGCAGAUCGUCAGCAGAUGAAAUACCAGGACCUCAAUGCCACCCUUCCUUCAGAGAUCAGCACCCAGCUGGCAGAGGUUACACUGGCUCUGGGUUCUGCAGAAGAUCAGGUGCAGGCACGGGAAAGAGAGGUCCAACAUAGCAGAGAUAUUAAAGAAGACUUUAACUCCAGACUUCAGGAUAUCUCAAAGAAAGUCAAACUCAUCUCUUUGAAGCUCAAGCAGAAGGCUGUGGAUGUUGAGGAGGCUAAAGAGGAGACAGAGAGUCUAUUUGAAGAGCUAGUGGAGUGUGGUCGUGCUCUGUCUGAGCUAAAUGUGGUGGUGCAGGAGUUUGGUGAGCAAAAUCCUCUCCUAGCCAAACAGCUGGGCUCCAGCCUGAGUAAACUGACUGAGCUUCAUGUUCAGACCCUCCGACUGGCGGAGGGAAGGACCACAAGCCUUCAGAAGGCAGAAAAGAACUUUGAAGAAUUUAAUGAAAUGCUGACGUUAACUCUCAACUGGACAGAAAAAGCAGAGACUGUGGUGUCAGCCAACAUCAUGUGGAGUCCAGCCUCUCAGAUGCAAGAGCAGAUCAGAACCCAUCAGGCCUUAUUGCAAGAGUGGCAAGAUCUCCAAGGAGAGUUUGAGGGUCUGGUGGAGAGGGUGGGACUGCUGGGGGAGGUGGUCCAGACAGAUGCUCUCCACCAGCAGGUGGCAGAACUGAGCAGACAUGUUGAAGAGCUGCAGCAGAGAGCCAAAACAAGACUCCUGAUGCUACAAGAUGCAGCCAAGGACUUGGGGAGACUGGAGAGUGAUGUGAAGAGCCUCCAUCAGUCCAUAGAGAGAGUCCAGGAGACUCUGGCCUCCCCUGAUCUGGCACGUCUCAGUCUCAGAGAACAGCUGGCUCAAAGACAGCUGCUGUUGUCAGAGAUGGAGGGUCUCAAGCAGCAGGUACAGGCUAUGCAGAUGUGUCAGAGUGCCCUCCGGCUGCCAGAGGACGUGAUUGCAGCUUUACCGCUAUGUGUUACUGCACAGAGUCUGCAGCAAGAGAGCAGCCAACUCCAACACAAUACCAUUCUACAGUGCAAUAUAUUACAGGAGGCCAUGGUGCAGUAUGAGCAAUACGAACAGGAAGUCAAGAACCUACAGAGACUUAUUGAAGAAGCACACCGUGUUAUUCAGGACCGCCCUGUUGCCACAGGAAACAUACAAGAGCUUCAGACACAGAUACAACAUCAUGAGGAACUGGCCCUGAAGAUAAAAGGAUACCAGGAGCAGAUCUCGGCCUUGAACUCCAAGUGUAAGAUGUUGACUGUGAAAGCCAAACAUGCUACCAUGCUGCUGACAGUCAGCGAGGUCGAUGGACUCUCUGACGGGUUAGAGGAGCUGGAGGAUGAGGAGGACGAGAUGCCCAAACACUCACCAGCACACCCCUCUGUUGUCAUGAUGACGGCAGGUCGUUGUCAUACUCUCCUCUCCCCGGUCACAGAGGAGUCUGGUGAGGAGGGCACCAACAGCGAGGUCUCCUCUCCCCCCGCCUGCAGAUCGCCCUCCCCCGGGCCUAACGCUGACACCUCUCAGGGUUCAGGGCGAGCUCCUUUAAGCAGAGCUCCACUACAGGAGCUUUAUGACCCCUCCAUGGAGUCAGCUGCCUCAUCUAAUCUGGACGACCUACAGCGCUCAUGGGAGACUUUGAAGAAUGUGAUCAGUGAGAAGCAGAAGAGCCUAUAUGAAGCUCUGGAGAGGCAGCAGCACUAUCAGGAGACCCUGCAAUCUGUCUCCACAAAGAUGGAGUCCAUUGAGACCGCACUAAAUGAAGGCUUGGAGCCAAGCAAGAGUCCUGAGAGCCAGAUGGCCGCCCACCAGGCUUUGAUGGAUGAGAUCCUGAUGCUCCAGGAUGAGAUCAGUGCAUUGGAGGCCUGCUUCUUCCAAGAGCUGCAGUUGGAUGAGGACAGUUUGGAGGCAGAUGCCGGAGACCAGCUGGCCCUGCAGUCAACCCUCACUGUGCUAGGAGAACGUAUGGCCACCAUCCACAUGAAGGCCUCCGGAAAGCGCCAACUUCUGGAGGAGCGAUUAAGCGAGCAGUUAGAAGAACAGAGGCAGGAACAAGCGCUUCAGCGUUAUCAUAGUGAGGCAGAGGAGCUUGACAACUGGCUGCUCAGCACACGUGCCACACUGAGCUCCACUCUCCAGCCACACCCACAGGACAUGGACAUGGAGGAACAGCUGAUGGACUGCCAGAACAUGUUAUUGGAGAUCGAGCAGAAGGUGCUGUGUCUGUCCGAGCUGUCAGUGCACAGUGAGAGUUUGCUGAUGGAGGGUAAGGCCGGCACACGGGGUGACGCUGAGCAGCUCUCCCUCAAACUGUACUGCCUCAAAUCCAGCCUGCUGGAGCUACAGCGCAUCCUCCAAGACAAACAGACCCACAUCCAGGGCUCACUUCAGGAGCAGGAGGACAUUGAAUCAGACUCGUCUCUCUCUCAGAGCCCCAAUAUGAUGGAUUGGCUCAGUCAGGCGCGAUCCACACGCAACCAACAGCAUCAAGACACAGUGCAAAAACAGAGGGAAUUAGAGGAGCAGCUUGGCGAACAGAAGAAGUUACUGCAAUCUGUAGCAUCUAGAGGAGAGGAGAUUCUCUCACAGCGAACAACACCUAAUGGAGAAAGGUCUCCUGCAGAACUUUCUGAAGGGGAUGCUGGUCAGUGGCCUGAGAGCAUGAGCACUAAUGAUCAGAUGAGAGUCAGAUGGGAGAACCUGAGCAAAGACGUUAACAACAAACUGCAGUUGUCACUAAACACACUGGAGCAGACUCCAUGUAACACGCUAUACCAGCCGGUAUCCAGCCCCUGUGGAGUUUUCAGAGGAGAGCAGCUGAGUCAGGAUAUCCUGUCUCCACGAAGUCUGUUUGAAGGCUUCAGCCAAGAUUUGGAGGACUUGCCUCAGACAAGUGGUGCUGACAGUAGGCGUGCUCAUGCUCUGAAGAGAGCUCUCUAUGAGGCGGUUUCGUCAGCUUCCUCCUGGCUGGACAAUGCUGAAAAUGAGCUUGUAUCUGGCCCAAUAUUACUAUCUGAUUACUCAGAGACUCACCUGGGCCACCUAGAGAGUUUGAAUAAGGAGGUAAAGAAUGUCAACGAGGAGGUGUGUAAAUGUCGGGAUGUGCUCGGAGGAACAGAGCAGCUAUGGGAUGGAGAGGAAUACAAAACAAGUGUUUUGGUUGAGGAAGUGUUAAAUGGUUUGGAGGGGAGACUGAAGCUGCUGGACACAGUGCUGGAACAGAGAUGUGACACCAUGAAAGACAAGCUUCAUGAACUCACUGUUUUCCAGGCUGAGUUGAGGCUGUUGCUUGCAGCACUCAGUGACUCAAAGUACCAGCUUUUGCAGAAAAUGAACGCAGCUGUGGAUCGGCCCGCUUCUAAACAGAUGGAGAUUCUAGCAGAAGCGGAGGACAGUUUGAGGGAAUUUGAACAGAAAGUUUCUGAGAUGAGGAGCAGGGGAGAGACACUGCAGCCCAACCAGCUCUGCACUCAAGAGCUGCUGAAACUACAGGAUGCUUAUGAAGAGCUGGUGGAGAUGGUGGGCUCCAAGCGGAGUGGGCUAAACCAGAGUUUGGUUCUAAAGGCUCAGUAUGAGAGAGCUUUACAAGACCUGGUAGAUCUGCUGGACACCGCCCAGGACAAAAUGGCUGCUGAUCAGAAGAUGAAAGUGGGAUCAGUGAUUGAGGUUCAGAUUCUUCUAGAUAAACACAAGGAGUUUUUCCAGGGGCUAGAGACGCAUGUUGUUCUGACACAGGCCUUCUUCAGGCAGGUCAGUGGGUUGGUGGUGCAGCGGGAGGUCCAGAGCUUGGAAGAGACUGUGGCUCAGGCCCAGGCUGUACUUAAACAGGCUCACAAACGAGGAGUGGAGCUGGAGGGCAUUCUGGAGUGGUGGAGCAGGUUGGUGGGUGACUAUCAGGCCCUGUACAGACAGCUGGAGGCAGUGGAAAGCAACAUCCCCAGCGUAGGCCUGGUGGAGGAGACGGAGGACAGAUUGAGCGAUAGAAUUGCUUUGUAUCAGCGUUUGAAGGCCAGUCUCUCUGAGCGGCAGCAGCAAUUGUAUAAGUUGUUGGAGGAUGGAAAGAGGCUGCUUUUACAUGUGUCCUGCUCAGAGCUGGAGACUCAGCUCACUCAGCUGGGGGACCACUGGCUCAGCACCACCACCAAGAUCAAUAAAGAGCUACACCGCCUGGACUCCACCCUCAAACACUGGAUUAGGUAUCAGAGCGAGUCAGCUGAGCUUAGCCAAUGGCUGAGUUCGGCACUAGACCGCCUGGAGUUCUGGAGCACUCAGUCUGUUACAGUACCUCAAGAGCUAGAGACCGUCAGAGACCAUCUUCAUGCCUUCCUGGAGUUCUCCAAAGAGGUAGACGCCAAGUCUUCUUUGCGUGCCUCAGUUCAGAGCCAGGGGAAUCAGCUUCUCCGGUUGAAGAAAGUGGACACAGCAGCUCUCAGGGCAAACUUGGCCCAGGUAGACACACAAUGGGCUGAUCUUCUCACUCGUAUCCCUGUGGUCCAGGAGAAACUACACCAGCUGCAGAUGGAGAAGCUGCCAUCCCGUCAUGCGAUAACUGAGCUAAUGAGCUGGAUAUCCCUCAUGGAGAAUAUCAUCCAAGAGGAUCAGCAGAAGAUCAUGGAGGCAGUGGGAUCAGAGGCUGUGCAAAUGUACCUUCAAAAAUACAAGGGUUUUCGGAUUGACCUGUCCUGUAAGCAGCUGACGGUGGACUUUGUGAAUCAGUCAGUUCUGCAAAUCAGCAGUCAGGAUGUAGAGGGGAAACGGAGUGACAAAACAGACUUUGCUGAGCGUCUUGGUGCCAUGAACCGCCGCUGGCAGAUACUGCAGGGACUCGUUACAGAGAAGAUUCAGGUUUCAGAGGGUCUGCUUGAAAGCUGGUUAGAGUAUGAGAACGUGGUUCAGACCUUGAAGACCUGGUUUAGUGUACAGGAAGAGAAACUCAAAAAGAAGCACAGGAUUGAGGAUGUUUCCUCAGCCCAGAAUGCACUCAAAGAUUGUCAGGAAAUGGAAGUGUUGGUAAAGGAGAAAGGGAAGGAUCUGGAGAAGGCUGAAGAAAAAGGAUGCUUAUUAAUUCAGGAUAAGAAAGGCGAGGCAGGCACUGUUAUUAUGGACACUCUAAAAGGUCUAAACCAGUCUUGGGCCAAUCUGGAUCACAUGAUUGGGCAGCAGACGGUCAGUCUCCGGUCAGUGCUGGAGCAGUGGAGUCUGUAUAAACAAGCAUAUGAGGAGAUUCAGGGCUACCUGAUGGAGGGACGUUACACCAUCUCUCGUCUGCGUCUUCUCACUGGCUCCCCAGAAGCUGUGCAAGUUCAAGUGGAGAACCUUGAGAGUUUACAAGACGAGUUGGAGAAACAGGAGAGCAGUUUACGGAAACUGGGCUCCAUAACGCAACAGCUGCUGAGGGAUUGUCAUCCCUCAGUGAGCGAUUCACUCAACACAGCUCUGGGUGAUGUAAAUCUCAGGUGGAACACGCUGCUGGAGCAGAUCUCAGAUCAGCUGAGGAGGAAUAAGAGCCUGCUGCAACUGUGGCAGCAUUACAAAGCACUUCAUGCUCAGAGCAGCACUGACAUCCAGAAACUAGAGGAUCAGGUGGAACAGCUGCUCAAGAGCGCCACCCACAGGGACGUCACAGAACAGGAAGUGAAGGGCCUUAUGGCGACUGAGGGAUCCGUAGAGUCUGUCCUGCAGCAGCUGGAUGAAUUUUCAGAGCAGCUGAGGCAACAAGUGGACCCCUCUGCCAUGACAACCUUCCAUACAGACCACCUGUCAUUUACUCAGCGAUUAGCAACUGUUGGGAAUACCCUCCAAAGACAGCAGUCUCUGCUAGAGGUGGGUAUGAGGGACUAUGAGGGGUUUAGUAAGGAGUUACAUUCUCUGAGCCACUGGUCAGAAGAAGCUGAGAAGGUUCUGAAGGAACCAGACCCAGUCGGUUCUCCAGAUGUCUCAUCUGUGCAGGAACACAUGGAAAAACUUAAGACCCAAAUGUUAAAGCUGAGCAGUCUUUCUCCUGAUCUGGAACGUUUGAAUGAGUUGGGUUAUCAGCUUCCCCUCAAUGAUAAUGAAAUCAAGCGUCUGCAGAACCUAAACAGGAGCUGGUCGUCUAACUCUGCUCGCACAAUAGAGAGAUUCAGUAAAUUGCAAGCCCUGGUAUUGCAAAGACAGACCUUUUUGGAGAAGUGUGAUGCUUGGAUGACCUUCCUUAACCAAACAGAAGAGAAACUGGCCGCUGAGAUUUCUGGAAACUACCAGAGCCUACUAGACCAGCAGAGAGAGCAUGAGCUAUUCCAAGCAGAGAUGUUUAGUCGACAACAAAUUCUAUACUCUAUCAUCAAUGAUGGACAUCAGCUCCUGAAUCAGGGACAAGUGGAAGACAGGGAUGAAUUUGGCUUGAAACUGGCACUGCUUAGUAACCAGUGGCAAGGUGUGGUGAGGCGGGCCCAGCAAAGACGGGGGAUUAUUGACAGUUUGGUUCGGCAGUGGCAGCGGUACACAGAGCUGAUAGAGAAACUGCGUCAUUGGCUGCAAGAAGUGUCAGUGGAACCAGAGGAGCAACAACAAGUGUCAACAGUAGCACUACAGCAGAUCCGUGGCAUGUUAGACCACAUACAGCUGAAGGAGCGUGUGCUCCAGAGGCAACAGGGCAGCUACAUCCUCACGGUGGAGGCCGGGAGGCAACUCCUUCUGUGGGCUGAUGCCAGAACGGAGGCCUCACUUCACACUGAGCUGACUGAUGUGCAGGAGCGCUGGAGGACCAUUAACAUCCGUCUCGACGAGAGGAAGAAAGAACUGCUCUCUUUGCUAAGGAGCUGGGAUCAGUGUGAAAAAGGAAUUGCUGCAUCACACGAGAAGCUGAGGGACUUUAAGCAAAAGCUCUCUGUGCCUUUACCCGACCACCAUGAGGAGCUGCACACAGAACAGAUUCGCUGCAAGGAAUUGGAGAGCAGUAUUGAAGGCUGGGCUGAUGAUGUAGCCGGCCUGUGUAUUCUGAGGGAGUCUCUCUCCAGCAGCCUCAGUGCAGAUAACCUCACAGUCCUACAGGAGAGACUUAUAUUACUCCAGAGACAGUGGGAGGAGACUUGUCACCAGCUGUCCCUGCGCAGGCAGCAGGUGAGCGAGAGGCUGAAUGAGUGGGCCGUGUUCAAUGAGAAGAACAAAGAGCUGUGUGAGUGGCUCACACAAAUGGAGAGCAAGGUCUCACAGAACGGCGACAUCAGCAUUGAGGAGAUGAUUGAGAAACUCAGGAAGGACUAUCAGGAAGAGAUCUCAGUGGCCAAGGAGAACAAGCAUCAGCUGGAACAGAUGGGGGAGAGAUUGGCUCAGGCCAGCCAUGAAAGCAAAGCUGCAGAAAUCCAAUACAAACUCAGCAAAGUCAAUGAGCGCUGGCAGCAUCUGCUUGACCUUAUAGAAGCUAGGGUAAAGAAGUUGCGGGAGACACUGGUGGCCGUGCAGCAGCUAGAUAAGAACAUGAGCAGUUUGCGCUCCUGGCUGGCUCACAUUGAGACUGAACUCUCACGACCCAUCGUCUAUGAAACCUGUGACUCACAUGAGAUCCAAAGAAAACUCAACCAGCAACAGGAUCUGCAGCGCGACAUCGAGAAGCACAGCACAGGUGUGGCAUCAGUGUUGAACCUGUGUGAGGUGCUGCUGCACGACUGUGACGCCUGUGCCACAGAGACCGAGUGUGAAUCCAUCCAGCAGGCCACACGCGGCCUCGAUCGCCGCUGGAGAAACAUCUGUGCUAUUGCCAUGGAGAGAAGGCUUAAGAUUGAGGAGACAUGGAGGUUGUGGCAGAAGUUUCUGGAUGAUUACUCCCGUUUUGAAGAGUGGCUAAAAGUGUCAGAGAGGACAGCAGCUCUGCCCAACUCCUCUGGAGUGCUGUACACCAUCGCUAAAGAAGAGCUCAAGAAGUUUGAGGCGUUUCAGAGGCAGGUACAGGAGUGUCUGACCCAGCUGGAGCUGAUCAAUAAGCAGUAUCGAAGGCUGGCACGUGAGAACCGCACAGACUCAUCCUGCCAUCUACGACAAAUGGUGCAUGAUGGGAACCGACGCUGGGAUGUACUACAGAGGAGAGUAGCUGCCAUCUUGCGCAGACUCAAGCAUUUUAUUGGUCAGCGAGAGGAGUUUGAAACAGCCCGAGAUUGUAUUCUGGUAUGGCUGACUGAGAUGGACCUGCAGCUCACCAACAUCGAGCAUUUCUCAGAGUGUGACGUUCAGUCCAAGAUCAAACAACUAAAGGCAUUCCAGCAGGAGAUCAGUCUGAACAUGGGGAAGAUGGAGAGUGUGUUUGGGCAGGGGGAGGUGCUGAUGAAGAAGAGUGAGCCUCUGGAUGCUGCUGUCAUAGAGGAGGAGCUGGAUGAGCUGCAAAGAUACUGUAGGGAGGUGUUUGGUCGGGUGGAGCGCUACUACCGGAAACUCACACGCCUGCCGCUAACCGAUGAUGAGUGUGAAGGCUCAGAUCGUGAAUUCGAGUCAGGUGACCUCUCAGACCUUCAGUGGGGUGAGGAUGGUACCAUGUCCCAGACAUCUAGCAGACCACCUUCAGCUGGCACUGAUCCUGUUCGCACAAACGGCUCCGGCCGGGACACCCCUGCCAGUGUAGACUCCAUCCCUCUGGAAUGGGACCAUGACUAUGACCUGGACCCCAUGGGCCAUACCAUGUCUGCACAACGGGGCAGACAAAAAGAUGAGGAUGAGGAGUUACUGUGUUUGGCCACUGCAGCACUUACAGAUGUAGUGAUUCCUGAGAGCCCUGAAGCUUAUAUAAAAUUAACAGAAAACACAUUGAGGUCCUCCUCUGGUGAAGCAGUUCGAUUAUUAGACAAUAUGAUGGACACCAGCUGCUACAGCCUCCAGGAGACAGAUGGCACUAUGGGUGGCCACGACACCUCUUACAUGGGCUAUAUGAGGCUAAUGAAUGAUUGCCGUGGCAGUCUGAAAGCGGUCAGGAGGGUUGAGGGGGAGCUGGAGGAGGAAGAGGACAACCUGUCAGGCCUGAGUAACCCUGAUAACACAGAGACACAGAGCACAGGUUACUUUGCUCUUGUGUCUCAACAGGAGUUACAGAAGGCAAUGGAUUCCCAUAAAUCCAAAUUACUGUCCAUCAACUUAAAUAGUGUCACACUACUCCAGUCAGACUCUGAGGAGAGCCAGGAUCUGAAAACGAAACUGAAGGAGAUGAACUCACGCUGGGAUCGACUGGGAAAAUCACUUAAGGAUUGGAGAACAGCACUUCAGGAUGCUCUGAUGCAGUGUCAGGAGUUUCAUGAGCUGAGUCAUGGUCUUCUUCUCUGGCUGGAAAACAUCGACCGUCGGAGAAAUGAGAUUAUCCCAAUUGCAUCGGGGCUAGAUCGGCAUACACUUCAAGCUCAUUACAGAGCACUAAAGCAAAUCCAGCGGGAGCUGUUGGAAACUGAGCAGAAGGUGGACAGUCUGCAGGAGCUCUCAGGACAGCUGCUGGUGCAGGCACAUGGCAGCGAGUGUCUGGAGGCCCAGGAGAGGGUGCACGUCAUCGGGAACCGUCUGCGCCUGCUCCUGAAAGCUGUGGCCACCGACCUGGAACUGUUAGAAAAAGAGCUCCAGGCUUCUGGAAACGGACAGGACGCGUCCCUCUGGUCUGUUACGGAUGACGCAGAUACUUCUGGAUCGGUCAGUCCUGUUUCAGAGGUCAGCGUUUCCACUAAACGACAAUCGCUACGAGGCAAAUGUAGUGUGUCAGAACCAGGAUCCACAGCCAGACUUCCACGUCACAGGUUGCCCAGCGGUUCUGGCUGCGUUUCGUCUCGCUCUGGUUCCUCCGGGUCACAAGGUGGCGCUGCUGUGGCUCGCUGCCAGCCCUUUCUGCUGCGAGUGCUCCGGGUGGCUCUGCCACUGCAGCUCCUACUGCUGCUCAUAGUGGGCCUGACCUGUCUGGUGCCCAUGACUGAGCAGGAUUACAGUUGUGCAAACGCGAACAAUUUUGCCCGGUCUUUUCAUCCCAUGCUCCGCUACACCAACGGCCCACCGCCUGUAUGAGCGGAGGAGACUUUACUAAUGCCUUCAUCUGCUUCAUAUUACACUGCAGGACACAGAAUGGACUAGUGUUAGCCAAAGCUGAUUGUUCCUGUUCCUGUACAGUUCAUGCUGCUUUUUUUUUAC